UGGCGGGGAGGCGGAGUGGGCGGAGCCGUGGGACGGCGCGGUUUUCCGGCCGCCUUCGGCGGCACUGGGCGCGGUGGGGGUGGCGCGCAGCCCAGGUGCCCAGCGGCCCGGGGAAGAGGAGGUGGCGGGCUUGCCGGUGCUAGUGUGGUGGAGCCCAGGGCUUUUCCCCCACUUCCCCGGCGAUUCCGAGCUCAUCGAGUGUGCACGCGGCGCGUGCGUGGCGUCCCGGGACCGACGAGUGUGGAGGGACUCGCGGACGCGCGCGCUACUCUUCUACGGCACCGACUUCCGCGCGUCUGACGCUCCCCUGCCGCGCCUGGCGCACCCGAGCUGGGCCCUCCGCUCUAUCUGCAGUCCCACUGCGACGUGCCUGCAGACCGGGACCGCUACGUGCGCGAGCUCAUGCGCUACAUCCCGGUGGACUCAUAUGGGAAAUGCCUGCAGAAUCGGGAGCUGCCCACCGCGCGGUUACAGGACACGGCCACAGCCACCACCGAGGAUCCGGAGCUCUUGGACUUCUUGUCCCGCUAUAAGUUCCACUUGGCCCUUGAAAAUGCCAUCUGUAACGACUACAUGACAGAAAAAUUGUGGCGCCCCCUGCACCUGGGCGCCGUGCCCGUGUACCGCGGCUCUCCAUCUGUGAGGGACUGGAUGCCCAACAAUCACUCCAUCAUUCUUAUUGACGACUUUGAGUCUCCUCAGCAGCUAGCAGAGUUCAUUGACUUUUUGGACAAGAAUGAUGAGGAGUAUAUGAAAUACCUGGCAUACAAGCAACCCGGGGGUAUCACCAACCAGCUCCUCCUGGAUAGCCUGAAGAAUCGAGAGUGGGGAGUGAAUGACCCUUUACUGCCCAACUACCUCAACGGCUUUGAGUGUUUCGUGUGUGACCAUGAACUGGCUCGGCUUGAUGCCGAGAAAGCCCACACAGCCUCUCCUGGGGACAUCCCUGUCCCUGAGCCUCAUAUCGCCCAACCCUCACACAUGGAUUGCCCAGUGCCCACACCUGGCUUUGGAAGUGUGGAAGAAAUUCCUGAGAAUGACAGCUGGAAGGAGAUGUGGCUACAAGAUUAUUGGCAAGGUCUGGACCAGGGAGAAGCUCUCACUGCCAUGAUCCACAAUAAUGAAACACAGCAGAGGAAAUUUUGGGAUUAUCUACAUGAGAUUUUCAUGAAAAGGAACCAGAAUCUCUAAUUGCCCUUGCAAGAUCUUUAAUUUGGUAGAGCUAAGGAGAUCCUAUUCUACCAUAAGACAUAAAGAGUACUACACAAACCCUUAAAGAACAUUUAUCAUGGAUUCAAGGAACUGUAGUUAUAUCAUUGAUGUUUUAUCGUUAAGAUGGAUAGCCAUAGACAAGCUGAUGGAGUAAGGCUUAUGUCGAUGGACUCCCAUGUAGUCAACUGCGGUUCGAGUCCCGGACCCAGUGUCUUAAACUCAUGCUGGGCGCGUGUGCGUGCGUGCCCAAGAUC